AUGGCUGCCACGGUGGGGUCGGUGUCACCUUUUGAUAGCAAGUCACAGACUUGGGAAGAGUACUGUGAGAUUUUGGACCAUUUCUUCGUGGCGAACGACAUCGACAAUGAUGAAAAGACACGGGCUGUGCUGCUAAGUGGUGUGGGCGCCCCGACAUACGCACUGAUGAGAAACCUGCUCAGCCCUGACAAACUGGGUGAUAAGUCCUACAGUGACCUGGUAAGACUGUUGACAAAUCAUUUUCACCCGAAACCAAGUGAAAUAAUGCAACGAUGGAAGUUUAAUACCAGAAACAGGAAGCCGGAGGAGUCUGUGAGUGACUAUGUGGCAGAGCUGAGAAAGCUGGCGCAGGACUGCAAUUACGGAGAAUCUUUGACGGUGAUGCUAAGAGACCGUCUCGUAUGCGGCAUAAAUGACGACAGGAUCCAGCGGAGGCUACUGUCGGAGGACGGAUUGACGUUUGACAAAGCCCUCAAGUUUGCGCAGGCCAUGGAGGCGGCAAACAGGGACAUCAUGGAUUUGCAUGGCAUGAAAGAGCAGGGCAAAUGGAGCCGUACGGCAGGCUCUGUCAACAAGGUGAACGACACGCGUUCAAAACCUCAGCGUGACAUGAAGACAUGCUACAGAUGUGGCGGAGACAGCCAUUUGGCUAAGGACUGCAGGUUUGCUAAUGAGAAGUGCCACAAUUGUGGUAAAGUGGGGCACAUAAAGAGGGCCUGCAGGAUGAAAAUAGGGGGAAAGGACAAGACUAAGAACUUUAAAGGGGAGAAAAGCAAACAGAAAAAAAAAGCUAACUUCAUGCAAGAGGAAGACGGUGAUAGUGAUGAAGUUUCCACUAUGUAUCACAUGAAGGAUAGUGCAAUAACCAUGUACAACAUAAAUGACGAGAUAGUCAUCCCCAGAGAAGAGCCCAUAAAAAAAGAAAUAAAAGUAAAUGGGAAACUUGUAACUUAUGAGGUAGAUACCGGCUGUGGGUACACCAUUAUGUCAAAGAAGGCAUUUCACAAGCUAUUCAGUGAUAGCGUCAAACCCAGACUAGCCAAGUGCAGGAUAAAACUGAGAACAUAUGGUGGCCAUAAAGUGCCCAUAGUAGGAGCAACAAAGGUCAAAGUUGAACACAAAGGCAUGACUAAGAUGUUAGCAGUAGUGGUUGUCAAAGGUUCAGGGACAAGUCUACUGGGACGAGGUUGGCUUAAAGCUCUCAAAGAGGACUGGCAACCUGUACAUAAGAUAGAGGACAGAGAAGACCCUAUACAGGAAGUGCUGUCAAGGCAUGAAACAGUGUUCAAAGCAGAGUUAGGGAGAUUGAAAGGCUUCAAGGCAAAAAUACAUGUAGCUAGCGAUGCCACACCCUGUUUCUAUAAGCCAAGGUCAGUGCCUUUUGCAAUGAAAAAGAAAGUAGAGCAAGAGUUAGAGAGGCUCUUACAAGAGAAAAUCAUAGAACCAGUGAAGUUCUCAGAAUGGGCUGCGCCCAUUGUACCAGUCUUGAAACCAGAUACCAGAGCAAGAAUUUGUGGGGACUAUAAACUCACAGUAAACAAAGUGUCCCCUAUUGAACAGUACCCCAUUCCAAAAAUGGAGGACAUGAUAGCCUGUCUAACUGGAGGAGAGAAAUAUACCAAGUUAGAUAUGAGCCAUGCAUAUCAACAGAUUGUACUGGAAGAGGAAUCACGGAAAUAUGUCACAGUGAACACACAUAAGGGACUGUUCACAUAUACAAGGUUACCUUUUGGUGUGAGCUCCAGUCCAGCCAUUUUUCAGCGUACCAUGGAGGGGGUGCUGCAGGGAUUAGCAAAUGUUGCAGUGUAUCUGGAUGACAUCAUUCUGACAGGAAAGGAUGAUAAAGAUCACCUGCAAACACUGGAUCAAGUACUGCAGCGACUGGAGGAUGCAGGACUUCGCUUAAAAAGGAGCAAGUGUGAGUUUAUGGAGAAAGAAGUGACAUUCUUGGGACAUCGAGUGGAUAAGACAGGGUUACAUCCACUGCCAACAAAGGUGAAAGCAGUUCAGGAGGCCCCCACUCCCACAUCAGUGAUGGAGCUAAAAGCUUAUUUGGGACUGUUGAACUUCUACAAUAAGUUCCUGCCAAACCUGUCAACAUUACUGGCACCUAUGCAUAAGUUGUUGAGGAAGGAUGAACUGUGGUCUUGGGGACCCGAGCAAGAAGAAGCUUUCAAGCAGUCAAAGGAGCUUUUGCAAUCAAGCAGUGUGUUAGUGCACUAUGAUGAAAAAAAAGAACUGAUACUGUGCUGUGACGCUUCUCCAUACGGAGUUGGAGCCGUGCUGGCUCACCGCAUGUCAGAUGGAGCAGAGAAACCUAUAGGGUUUGCAUCACGCACGCUCUCAGCCGCAGAGAAGAAUUACUCCCAGCUAGAUAAAGAGGGACUAGCUGUCAUCUUUGGGGUACAGUAUUUUCACAAGUAUCUUUAUGGAAGGAAAUUUGUGAUUUACACAGAUCAUAAGCCACUACUAGGUUUAUUCCAUGAGGUGAAAGCAGUGCCACAGAUGGCAUCCCAGAGGAUAAUGAGAUGGGCUGUACUGUUAAGAGCAUAUGAGUAUGUUAUCAUGUACAGAGCAGGUAAAAACAAUGGUAACGCUGACGCUCUUAGCCGUCUCCCACUUCCAGAGACACCAAGUGUUUCGGCACCAGAGGAACAUGUGCUAAUGUUGGAUCAGGAGCAUCCACCACUGAUGACUUCAGAGCAGCUUAAAAAAUGGACAACUAAGGAUCCUAUACUCUCACGAGUACGUGAGUAUGUGCUGAGAGGAUGGCCAAAGAAUCAGGACAGAGACUUUGUGCAUUAUCGACAAAGACAACAAGAGCUGAGUGUACAGGACGGCUGUGUGCUGUGGGGAGCCCGCAUUGUGAUACCAGAGAAGGGACGAGCUCCCAUGAUGGAACAGUUACAUCAGUCACACCCGGGAAUGAGCCGCAUGAAAGGACUGGCACGAAGUUAUAUGUGGUGGCCACAUAUGGACAAUGACAUAGAGAAUAAGGUAAAGUCAUGCACCACAUGCCAAGAACACAGAAAGGCACCUGCCUGUGCACCACUCCACCCCUGGGAGUGGCCAGAGAAGCCGUGGAGGAGGCUCCACAUAGAUUAUGCAGGUCCCUUUAUGGAUAAAAUGUUCUUAGACAUUGUGGAUGCACACUCAAAGUGGUUAGAUGUAUAUCCAGUAACAUCAGCUACAUCAGCAAACACAAUAAACUGUCUGAGAAACAGUUUCAGCACACAUGGUAUUCCAGAGAUGAUUGUGUCUGACAAUGCCCAGUGUUUUGUCAGCGAACAAACCAAAGAUUUCAUGACACAAAAUGGAAUCACACAUGUCACAUCAGCACUGUACCACCCUUCAUCCAACGGCUUGGCGGAAAGGGCCGUACAGACUUUUAAAGAGCUCAUGAAAAAGAGCAGCGGUGACACAGUGGAGACAAGGUUAAACAGGGCUCUGUUUAGAUAUCGCAUCACUCCACAGUCAACUACUGGACUUUCACCUGCCGAGAUGAUGAUGGGUCGGAAGUUGAGGUGUACACUGGAUCUCAUACACCCCGAUUUGAAAAAAAAGGUGGAGUCAAAACAAGCAAGCCAAAAAGCUCACCAUGACCAACAUGCAAAAGAACGCAACUUUGCAGCAGGAGACUCGAUCUAUACCAGAAACUAUGGAUGUGGACCUAAAUGGGUACCAGGACUGAUACAGGAGAUCACAGGACCAGUUUCUUACACAGUGCUGCUGGGAAAUGGUAAAGUUGUCAGGAGACACGUGGAUCAACUGUUCAGCAGACCGGAGCAAGAUCUGCCAGUGUUGAUACCAGAUUCAAUACCUGAGGAAUAUGUGGUACCUCCAACAGUGACCAACCUAGGGCCACAGGACACAAGUACUACACAAGCGGAUGAUAAAGUUCUCCCUACUGGGAAUCAGAAUAAGCAGAACAGUACACCUGGUGGUUCGCCCACUAAGGAGUUGAUCAGAUCUCAAAGAAACAGGAGACCACCAGCCCAUAUGAAAGACUUUGUUGUGAAGUAA